AUGGACGAUUUUCAAUCAGGAGAAGAGACUACAUUUGUUGUAGAUGAAGUCACAAACAUUAUCAAAGAGGCUGUCGAAGGAGCCAUUGGUGGCAGUGGAUACCAGCACAACAAAGUCAACCAGUGGACGUCAACAAUUGUAGAGCAGUGCUUGAACCAAUUGACCAAGCUAGGAAAGCCAUUCAAAUAUAUUGUCACUUGCGUGAUAAUGCAGAAAAAUGGAGCUGGUCUACACACAGCAAGCUCAUGUUUUUGGGAUAAUUCCACUGAUGGAAGCUGCACAGUGAGAUGGGAGAACAAAACCAUGUUUUGUAUUGUCAGUGUCUUUGGAUUGGCCAUCUAG